CAGGGUCCAGAGUCCUGGGCUGUGAUCAGCACAGGUCUGCAACAGUGGCCUCUGGCUGUGUUCUCGGGAACUGUAGAUCAGACUGUGUUUUUGAGGAAACUCUGGAGUUGGAGGAACCGCCUCCUAAAGUGUUGGGACAGCCGCUCGCGCGCUCCAGCUGCUCUAAAGUUCUGAACAGAACCGGACCCUGGCCUGCAGGACUGCUGUGUGCAGAGCGCGGGAUCAGCGCGAGGAUGUAUAAAGCGCGCGUGCUCAGAACUUUGCUCAGCAGAGCCGCAGCGCGCGCGGGUACUAACAGUACUAACUAUGCUACUGCGUGCCUGUGUGUGCGCCCGCUGCAGGACUGCAGGUCACGUGACUGGGGGCAGUUUGGGGUAACAGUGCGGGACGGGGGCAGAUGGACGCGAGCUGGGGACAGGAGGUGGGGCAGCUCGGGGGCAGCGCGAGCCCAGGUGUAUGAGGGGGCGUUCCGGGGGGCGCGAGACGAGCCGGAGCGGUUCUGGGGGGAGGCGGCGCGCGGGGUCAGCUGGUUCACGAGCUGGGAGAAGACCCUGGACUGCUCACACCCCGCGUUCCCCAGAUGGUUUGUCGGGGGAGAACUGAACAUGUGCUAUAAUGCUGUGGACCGUCACGUGGAGUCCGGUCGAGGGGAGCAGCCGGCCAUCAUCCACGACAGCCCCGUUACUGGAUCCAAACAGAUCUUCACCUACAGAGAGGUUCAGGAUGAGGUUUCAAGGCUGGCGUGGGUGCUGGUGAAGCAUGGGGUGAGGAAAGGUGACCUUGUGGUGAUCUACAUGCCCAUGGUACCCCAGGCCAUGUUCACCAUGCUGGCUUGCGCCCGCAUCGGAGCCCCCCACAGCCUGAUCUUCGGGGGCUUUGCUUCCAAAGAGCUGUCCGUCCGAAUUGACCACGCCAAGCCCAAGCUGCUGGUUACAGCAUCGUUUGGCGUAGAGCCAGGCCGGAGGGUGGAGUAUAUCCCUCUAGUGGAGAAAGCUCUGGAGCUCAGCAGCCACAAACCUCACAAAGUCCUCAUCUACAACCGACCUGGCAUGGAGAGGGUUGCCAUGUCCUCAGGUUUAGGACUGGACUGGGAUGAGGAGAUGGCCACGGCUCGUCCUCAGGACUGUGUGGGUGUUCCAUCUGAUCACCCUUUGUACGUGCUCUACACCUCCGGCACCACCGGUACACCUAAGGGGGUGGUGAGGGAUACAGGUGGGUAUGCGGUGAUAUUGAACUGGACGAUGAAUAGCGUGUAUGGACUAAAUCCUGGUGAGGUGUGGUGGGCAGCAUCUGAUCUGGGUUGGGUUGUUGGACACUCCUACAUCUGUUACGCUCCCCUGCUCCAUGGCAACACCACGGUGCUGUACGAGGGAAAGCCCGUGGGGACUCCGGAUCCUGGAGCUUUUUUUCGUGUGAUGUCUGAACACGGAACAGCCUCUGUGUUUACGGGUCCCUCUGCCAUCAGAGCCAUCCGCCAACAGGACCCGCAGGCAACCCACGGGAAACGCUUCCCACUCAACAGUCUGAGGACGCUGUUCGUGGCUGGGGAACGGUGUGAUGCGGAGACGCUGGAAUGGGCCAAAAAGAACUUCAGAGUUCCAGUUUUGGAUCACUGGUGGCAGACUGAAACCGGUUCUCCUAUAACUGCCUCCUGCAUCGGUCUGGGAAACUCGUUGGCGCCCCCUGUUGGAACUACAGGGAAACCUGUCCCAGGAUAUAAUAUUACUGUGAUUGAUGAUGAAAUGCAGCCUGUGAAGCCGAGGUCUUUGGGAAAUAUUGUGGUAAAGCUCCCUCUCCCUCCUGGUAAUGCACUCUCUCUUUGGCAGAACCCAGAGCUGUUUGAGGAACUAUACUUCACUAAGUUUCCUGGAUACUACGAUACUAUGGAUGCUGGUUACAUUGAUGAGGAGGGAUUUGUGUACAUCAUGUCGCGCUCUGAUGAUGUCAUCAACGUGUCCGGCCACAGGUUGUCAUCUGGAGCUCUAGAAGAGUCAGUGUUGCAGCACCCCGUGGUGGUGGACUGUGCCGUCGUGGGUCUGGAGGACUCUCUGAAAGGACACGUCCCGCUCGCCCUGUGUGUGCUCCGAAACGACUGUCAGCAGAGUAAGGAUGUAGUGGUGAAGGAGCUGGUCGGUCUGGUGAGGGACAGUAUUGGACCUGUUGCUGCUUUCCGGAAGGUUCUGUUUGUCAGAGCUCUUCCCAAAACCCGCUCUGGAAAAAUCCCUCGCUCCACUCUCGCCAAACUGGUCAACGGCAAAUCUUACAAGAUCACUCCAACUAUUGAGGAUCCUGCAGUGUUUAAGGAAAUUGAGAAGACUGUGAACGAGAAUCUAUGAAAAACUGUCUAAUCUCACACACACACACACUAGUGGGUGGGUUACAGAUGCUUGAUGCUUGUCAUUCCUGUAAAUAACUUUAAUGCAAUCAAUUACCAGAAAGUUA